AUGAAACUCCAUGACCCAGCAACUCCACGUUAUGAAUUCACACCGAAGAAAACCUCCAACGAUAGGAAGACUUAUCCUGAUGCUUUUGGGGUCACGUGUUUGGGGAGGGAACUGGCGGUAGCCCAGGAGCCCCAGACCACGGAGGUCACCCUGCUGAACGCGAGGGUCUCUGCCUCCCACGGCUCCCACCGACAGAGCGGGCAUUCUCUUGACAACUCGCGAAAACGGAGCUUCUGGGAGCUUGUGUCCCGACCCGAGCUCAGGCAACUAGUGGGUGACAGAGCUGGGACCUCGCCCAGUUCUGACUGCCCCAGCUUUCCUGGCACAUCCAGCCUGGGGUAUACCGGGCAGGAUGCCAGCAGUUUCUCUGAGCCACGAAGCCAUGAUGGGGGCACAGAGGAGGGAGGUUCGGGCCCCGGCCCGGGGGCGUCUCACACAGGGACCCCAGGUCUGAGCUGUGUCACUCGUGCAGCCCUGGCCCUCCGCAGCCUCGGUGACCCCACCCGAGGGCCCCCACUGCUGCCCACAGACAUCUCAGGGUCUCCCAGCCGGGGUCAGCGGCGCCGGAACAGGGUCUCCCAGCCGGGGUCAGCGGCGCCGGAACAGGGUCUCCCAGCCGGGGUCAGCGGCGCCGGAACAGGGUCUCCCAGCCGGGGGUCAGCGGCGCCGGAACAGGGUCUCCCAGCCGGGGUCAGCGGCGCCGGAACAGGGUCUCCCAGCCGGGGGUCAGCGGCGCCGGAAGUGAUUCUCGUCAGCGGGAAUGCGCUGGCUGCCCGGGACCCUUCAGGGUGGGUUCUGGGGGCCAGGUGCGGCCUCAGCGCCGUCACUUCCCGGGAAGCCUCCUCCCUGGGGUCCUCGCCGGCUCCUGCUGGCUCCCCCAUUCCGCUGAAAUCUGAGGAAAAGGCUCUGGGAACGCAGCCAGACUCCCCCACAGCUCAGACGGCUUUAAAGAAAUAUUCCUGCCAGAUGUUCAGAGGCAGAGGCCAGCAUGAGUUACAGGCAAUGCUGCCAGAAACGUGUGUUUUCCUAUCUAGGAGUCAGUCUGUCGCAGACCCAUUCCUGGAUCGCCAACGUCGCCCACUCUCCCCAGAAGCCUGCUCCCUCCCGACCCGACCGGCGGGAGGCCGCGUCCCCCACGCUUGCCAGGAGCCCCGCCUGCGGCCAAGGCGUCUUCCCUGCGCCACGGGCUCCUGCGGCAACGGCCGCCUCCCGGCUGGCCUCUUUUCUGCCUUCUGCCUUCCCGUUGGCGACUGGGGAGGCCCGUGGUCAACGAGGCCCCAGCGAUCACCUGGGGGACGUCCUGUAGGGAGAGCCUGACUCAGAUUGACCAGUGUUGAGCCGUCGCACCCCCGCUUGGGACCAGGAUGGGCUGCACCUUCCCCACCCGUGGCCCUGGGACCCGCCCCACCCAAACCCCGGGGAGAUCCAACCGCAGGCUGCCUCCGGCCAGCGGAUUCACACUCGGCAAACAGGCCGGGGCCAGACGCCGCCCUGCCCUAGGUGCCCAGCAAACACGUGGGCCAGCCAGACCCCUGGACCCUCACAGGGAGGAGGAGAUGGAGAUGGGUUCACCCCCACAAAGGAGGGCGGGGAGGGGAUGGCCGUCACGCCCAGGUGCCGGGACAGGAGCUGAGGGCCGCGUGCACCCCUUGGGCCCUUGGAGGGGCCGGCAUGUGCCUCUCUGUCCCUGUGCCACUUCCACUGGCUGUACAGGGCUACCACCACGGAAACCGCAUGUGUAACCCCUGGAAACAGGGUCCUCCUUGAUGAAUCAUGUUCUAAGUUGGGAGGAAAAUUCACUGGAUAGUGGAGGCCUAGAAAGAAAGAAAAAAUGUCUUUGUUCCACAGAUGCUUGGAGGGCUUGGGUCCUCGGUGUUUAUAGUGGGUGCCGCCUUCCAACACCACACCCUAGGAAGGAAUCACCGGAGGGCGUUCCGGAAACUCCGCAGUCACUGGGGAGGGGGCGCAGACAGCCCUCACCAUCUGCCCUCUGGGCACAAACACAGGGCCUGUCCCCUGCCCGUGGGUGCAGCUGUCCUGCUCCCUCCUGGAAGGCACUCGGACUUCUGUGGAAAAAGAGCUUAUGGGAUGGAAAAUCCCUGGAUGAGUUUCCUCCCAGCCUUUCCUGGGGGUGGAGGACAGACCUGCAGCCCUGAGCGAGCUCCUACCGCGCCUGGAGAGUGGAGGGCAGGGCCAAGGCUCAGCGCUGCAGCCGGGCCCUGCGGGGCUAGAAGCACCGUCCCCUCCGCAUCCACCCUCACUGCGUGGGCCUCGUGGCCUCCUUGUCUAGAAAAUUUCCCCAGCUGGGGCCUGGGUUUUUGGAGCCCAUGGAGGGCAGGUCCUCCACAUCUCGGGUGCCCUGGGUAGGGCAGGGAGGUGACUGACGCGUCGCGCAGAGCUUGGCCGGCCGUGGUCAUAGGCGAGGGGGUGACUGAGAGACCUGGGAGGAAAAAGAUUUUUAAAGGGGGAAGUGGGACCCUGCCCUGGGGCUGGGGUUGGGAGCUCCGCGUGGGUGUGGAUGGGGGAGCAUCAGGGGACCUGCCCGGAUAAUCACGUAGGUUCUUUUCUAUUUUUCCUAAGCGUCAGCCAGCUUGAGAAAUAAAGGGACAGAGUACAAAAGAGAGAAAUUUUAAAGCUGGGCGUCCAGAGGAGGCAUCACAUGUUGGUAGGAUCCGUGAUGCUCCACAAGCCACAAAAAGCAGCAAGUUUUUAUUACAGAUUUUUAAAAGGGGAGGGAGUGUGCGAAUAGGUGUGGGUGACAGACAUCAAGUACUUAACAGGGUAAUAGAAUAUCACAAGGCAAGUGGAGGCAGGGCAAGAUCACAGGACUACAGGACCGGCGAAAUUAAAAUUGCUAAUGAAGUUUCAGGCACCAUUGUCAUUGAUAACAUCUUAUCAGGAGACAGGGUUUUGAGAUCAACAGGUCUGACCAAAAUUUAUUAGGUGGGAAUUUCCUCUUCCUAAUAAGCCUGGGAGCGCUAUGGGAGACUAGAGUCUAUUUCAUCUCUGCAGCCUCAACCGUAAGAGACAGGCGCAUCUAGGGGGGCUGUUUAUAAGCCUAUACCUCCAGGCGCAUAUUCUCUUUCUCAGAGACGUUCCAUGCUGAGAAAAAGAAUUCAGCGAUAUUUCUCCCAUUUGCUUUUGAAAGAAGAGCAAUACGGCUCUGUUCUGCCCGGCUCACCAGUGGUCAGAGUUUAAGGUUAUCUCUCGUAUUCCCUGAACAAUUGCUGUUAUCCUGUUCUUUUUUCAAGGUGCCCACAUUUCAUAUUGCUCAAACACACAUGCUGUACAAUUUGUGCAGUUAAUGCAAUUAUUACAGGGUCCUGAGGCGAUAUACAUCCUUCUCGGCUGACAGGAUUAAGAGAUUAAAGUAAGACAGGCAUAGGAAAUCACAAGGGUAUUGAUUGGGGAAGUGAUAAGUGUCCAUGAAAUCUUUACAAUUUAUGUUUAGAGAUUGCAGUAAAGGCAGGCAUAAGAAAUUAUAAAAGUAUUAAUUUUAGGAACUAAUAAAUGUCCAUAAAAUCUUCACAA